AUUGGAGGAGGGGUGAGCGUGUUUGACCUUGUGAGAAUUGGUUGGUGGAAGGGGGGCGGGGGUGAGUCCGGAAGAAGGAAGAAGAUUCUCGAUCCUCUAGACUUGUCAUUGUCUUUGGCUUUCUCGAGAGGGAGAUCCUGGUAGAGGUUGAGGACGCAAGAGAGGUUUGGGGGGACGGAGGGAGGAGGGAAAGGUGCGGGGUAGGAAGAUGGGUGAGGCUGGAAGGGGCGAAGCGGAGAGGGUAUGGCGGGGGGGUGUCAGCGUGAGGGAGGGAAGGACAGGGAGGGUGGAGCGGUGUCAGUGCCGCGAGAGACAGCAAGAGUGGCGGGCGGGAGGCUGCCAUGGACAUCGAUACGCGGAGGCACGCUUCCUAAGGCCCUCCCUCACCUCAGGCUGCCAAGGGAUGCCUGCUGACCCGCCGCCCCGUGUGAAGUAACGAACCUACAAUGAUAGACUUUUGUGGAGUGGCGGUUUAUCGUUAAUCACAACACGUGCGUGAUCUCUGAGCGAUAUUUAGAGCCACGAAGAUCAAGAAGGAAGUAACAAACACCCGAUAUUGUUAUGGGGUGGCGAAGUGCAUCGUCUAACAAAACGCGGUUGAGUGAUAUGAACGACUUUUGAAGAUACGGAGAGCGGAGUGAGACCAUCCAGCACCAGCAUCGCGUCAGUCUCUAUUAUGAUGUAUUCCCACAGCCCCACCCUAGCUGAUCUGCCCAUGAUCCCGCUGGGCCUCGACAGGUUCGGCAUCAAGACGUACCCGACACCGUUCGUGCACAUCGAGCGCUGGAGUAUGGUGUGGGGGUGCCUGCCCGUUGCCUACAGCUACCCGGACAGUCGGUGGAAGUUCUCCCCCUUUCUUACCAUGUGGGUCAUAUGCGGGGUCGGGUUCAACAUCCCCUGCUUCUACGAAUGCCUCAUGGCCUCCAUCGGGGACGACAACAGCCUCACCCUCUACGUGAUGAUCCUGAUCGUGGCGGUGAUGAGCGUGUCGGCCAUCGCCAUGCAUGUCCUCUCCCUCAUCUUCUACAAGGAGUGGGCCAUGUUCCUCAACAGCUGGAUGAUGUACGAGAGGAAGUUUCCCACACUGACGAUGGGCGUGCACUCCUACAAGCUGACGGUGCCUCUGUACGUCGGGUUUGUGGUUUGCGUCCUCUUCUUCGUGGUGAACAUCCUCAACGAGCUGCGCUUCAACCUGCUCCACAACGGCGGCGUGUGGCGGAUGAUAUCCCUCGUGUACGUGUACAUCAUCUACAGCUUCACGCUCUCCAUGCCCGUGCUCUGGGUGGUCAUGGCCUCCAAGGUCUUCGCGCUCUGCCUCCGCCAUAUCCGGCAAGAGCUUGAGUGCAUCCUGGAGUGCGCCAGGUUCGGGUCCACGUGCACCUCCACCAUACAGAAGUGCAUUGCGGCGGGGGACAUCAGCCUGCUGCAGGAGGCCGUACUGGAGCUGCGGCGUCUCAUCCGUGCAUUCAAGGCCAUCAUCGGGCCGUUCAUGCUGGUGAUGGUCCCGCACCACAUCAUCUCCCUCAUCUGCUUCCUCUACUGGACCCUCGUCUCCACCCUAGACUACACGGACUGGUACUUCCCCAUGAGCUUCGGCCUCCUCUCCGUGCAGGCCAUCGCGCCCAUCUUCUGCGGCGCCAUCUACAGCGAGCAGAUCCAAACCCAGAAAGACUCAUUGAUUGAGCCGCUCCUCAUGCUCAAAGGGACAAUGAAGGACCAGGAAGCCAAGGAUCAGAUGGCAACCCUGAUCGACCACAUCACCCGCAUGGACGCACAGAUCGAGGGUCGAGGGUUCUUCAUCCUCAACAAGGAAAUGGCCACCACGGUUGUGAACACAGUUGUGACGUACCUGGUGGUGCUGAUCCAGUUCUACGGCAGCAACUCUGACGGCUAGCUGCGUCACCGCCUUGGUUGGGUGGCAUGGCUGGCUGGGUGGCUGGCAGUGGCCCGGCCAGCCAAGUGAACCAGCUGUGCAUCCCUUAAGUACCUGAUAUAUAAUCAAAGGAAGGACACAUAUACUUAACAGUAGAGUUUUAUAUGCCCAGACAUACUGCAUGUUUGUACAUACUAGUUAUAGCAGUUAAUAGCACACACACUAAUUUACAUUAAAUAACCACAAGUGGUAUAGACAUUUACUGGAUCCCGGACUGACUCAGGAUCCAGAAAGGCAAGAAGAGGGUCAUGCUCCUCUAUCAGUGCCCUUCACCACUAGCACCUUGGCCUCCCACAAGGCUGCCUGCACGACACAAGUGGUGAGCAAGGGGUCACCACCUCCCAGUGCCGUGCCAUGUGUAAAUACUGCUUUCAUGCAUUAUGUUUUUAUUCAAAUGUGAAGAAAAAAAAUGUUAUAGAAUGAAGAAAAAUUUUGUUAUCAUGAAUAUAGAUACAAGGUUUAGGAAGAAAUACAUCUCUGCACUCCAUUUCUGAGUCCUGUUUACCAUAUCAUAUAGGCAAUACCAAUGCAAGGCUAAAACAGAUCACAAGCAGUUACUGAUA